GUAUGCGGUCUGGAGCAAAGGUUUACUACCAUCCUAAAUUGCCCCCGUCGAUUAUGGGCUGUAUUGGCUCCAAAACCACCAUCGUGGCUGUGGACACUACUUUGCACGUGGAGUGGAACGAGGUGAAGUCCCUGCCUGCCCUCUCACCCCUGGGCCACACCCGGACCUCACUGGUGCGCAGGCUGGUUCGCCAAAGCUCUGUGGACAGCCAGGAUUUUCUCGAGGUAAAUGUUGAAGACACUGUCGAAAUGUUACCCAAGUCCCGGCGAGCGCUCACCAUUCAAGAGAUUGCGGCUCUCGCACGGUCCUCCCUGCACGGCAUUUCGCAGGUGGUGAAGGAUCAUGUGACGAAGCCCACGGCCAUGGCCCAAGGCAGGGUUGCCCACCUCAUUGAGUGGAAGGGGUGGUGCAAGCCCGUGGAUUCCCCGGUGGCUCUGGAAAGCACGUUCAACUCCUACUCGGACCUCAGCGAAGGAGAGCAGGAGGCCAGGUUUGCUGCAGGUGUAGCUGAGCAAUUUGCUAUCGCCGAAGCCAAGCUGAGAGCCUGGUCUUCGGUGGAUGGCGAUGACUCCAACGACGAAUCCUAUGAUGAGGAUUUUGCCACUCCCACCGACACAACUCAGCCAGCUGAUGCAGUGAACCAGCUCCCACCCGGCACUUUGCUGAAAGGUUUCCUGCACAGCCGCUUGUGCCAGCUGAGCGCCCGGCAAGGCUCCUGCGACCCCGAGAGCGACUCCUCCCAGACCACCAUCUCUCCGGAGACUUUGUGCUCCAGCCUCUGCAGCCUGGAGGACAGCCUUCUUCUCAAGGAGCUGGGCUCACCAUCGGAACUGGCCGCCAAGCUGCUGGGCUCUGUGUCCGGCGGGGAAGAGGUGCUCCUUUCCACGUUGCCCACACAGACAGCCGGAGAAUGUGCCUUCCGGAGCUUGGCACAGCUCGAGUGCCAGGACUCCAUGUACUCCAUGUCGUUCACCGAGUCCUGCCUCUCGCCCACGGAGGACGAGGGGAUCCCGUGCAAGGACUACAAAGUCCACGGGGACAGCUGCCAGGUCCGGAGGAAAGUGUCCGACGUGGCCUCCUCAGGCGUGGUGUCGCUUGAUGACAACGAAGAAGAGGAGGAGGAGGAGGUGGGGGACAAGCAAGAGGAGCAGUGA